AAUAUUUCUGAAGCAAUAAAUCAGAAAAGUAUGUACGGCAAGCCGAUACCAUACAUUCCGAUAAACUUACACAUAUAUGAAUAUCUAAAUCGACCGCCCGAUUGUAAGUUCCCCAAUGGAAAUACCAAAAAUAUUCUCGUGUUCAUCAAGUCCCCAGCUAUGAACAUAGAACAGAGAAUAGCUGUGCGGGCCAUAUGGAGACAAGUGGCAGUUCCAACUGUUAAACGUGUGUUCACACUUGGCAGAGUGACUGGACCAAAAUGGCGGAUAGAACAAGAGAGCAGAUUGUAUAACGACAUCUUGCAGGAAACAUUUGAUGACCAGCUGAACGACACUCUAAAAAUCGUGAUGUCCUAUAACUGGGCGGUCAAGUAUUGCCCGAUGGCAGAUCUUCUUCUAUUUCUUAAUGACAAUUUUUACGUCGAGUAUAACAAAAUUGCGGCUUACUUGCGGUUUGUCAUGGAAACCAAGAGCCGCAAUGUUUACAUUGGUAAAGUAGUGUCGUACGUUCCGCCUUACAGAGACGAGAGCAAAAGACUAUUCUUCCCGUUUGAGUGGUACUUGUCCGAUAAUGUUCCGUCGUACGUCCGCGGGGGAGCUUAUGCGGUCUCGUAUGACGUAGCUCAGCGAUUGAGUAUGGCGUUUCCGUACGUUGCACAUCUCAACCUUGAUGAUGUUUAUGUUGGUAUCGUGGCAAACAAAUUGUCCAUCCGUCACAUGAACGACGACCGCUUUGAUCCCAAAAAUAAAAACGCUUUGGUAUGGGAAUGUUCUGAUGUUGCUUUUGAACUGCUGAAGAAGAAUUGUCCUCUGUCUGGAAAAAAUCGUCAAAAGUUGAUAGACUACAAAGAGGAAGUACAGUUUUACUCCAAGUACAACCAAACAAGUCGGUAUCUUUACUAUGGAUUGAACUUCUCUUACCCAUUGCACAUUGAUCUUUUAAAAUACGUAUCUGCAGCUGUUUCUCAUAACAAACCUAUACCUUACGAACCGAUAAAUCCACAUCCAUUCCACUUUAUGAAUAGACCGCCAAACUGUAAAUUCCCAGUAGAUCCAAACGGCAAUAAGAAUAUCCUCAUUAUGGUAAAAUCUUUUGUUGGUAAUUUCAAAUUGCGUCAGGCAAUCCGUUCUGUGUGGAGAAAAAUAGGUGAUUCUCAUAUCAAGAGAGUAUUUACGCUUGGCUACCCAAAAGUAAACCAGAGCCUUGUGGAAUUAGAAAGUAAGAAGUUCAAAGAUAUUAUACAAGAAGACUUUCGAGACGCCUAUCUGAACAAUACUUAUAAAACCAUAAUGUCGUUUAACUGGGCAGUGAAAUUUUGUCCUGCGGCGGACAUGGUGUUCUUCAUGGACGAUGACUAUUACGUGAAGGAGCGCGAGUUGGCUGGUUAUCUUAGAAGCUUGAGGAGGAAAAAAGACCUGUUCCUCGGGAGGCUGGUGGUUCACGCGCCUCCCUACAGGAGCAACGAAAAGUGGCACUUGACGUAUCAGCAGUAUCCUUAUAACCGCUUCCCUCCUUACCUCAGCGGGGGUGCAUUUGUAGCCACAUUUGAUGUAGUUCGAAAGUUUUACUUUGCUUUUCCGUAUGUUAAAUAUAUGGGUCUAGAUGAUGUCUAUUUAGGCAUUGUGGCUAAGAAGUUAUCAAUAAUACCUAGAAAUGAAACAUAUUUUGAUUCCGCUAAUGACUUUGCUAUUGCGAAACAUUGUUCAAAUGACCCAAAUCAGCUUCUUAAUGAACAGUGUACACUCAUCGGCUUUGUCAUACCUACCAGCGAUGAACCUCUAGAAGACCAACAGCCUAACAGUGUGAUGGAGCACGUCAAAAGAUUGCUUCAUACCACUCUGUCUGGUCUCACAAAGUUCAUUAGCUCCAAUCCUGCGUCGUAAUGUUUACAUACACAGUCAUUAAGGAGAUUUAUAUAUGUUUUGGGAGGACAAAAUAAGUUCAUAGUUUGUUUUCUUAUCCAUAUGCUUAUUCAUAUCUGCAUGAACAAAUACA